UUUCACUCCCUUCCUUUUUAUUUUGGAGUCGACAUAUAUCGAAAUUAUAAAUCGAGACAUUAAACAACCUGAACUCUCGAAAAAUGUCUAUUGGUGCUUCAUCGAUAUACACAACACAGUAUUAAAACAAGAAGAAAUGUCAAGUGAUUCGGAAGAAGAAGAUUUUACACAAUACGGAACUGCUCUCGAUCCUCUUGAUGAAGAUGCAUUUCCAAGGAAGAAACCAUUCUCACUGAAGGAUCAAGUUGCCACAGAUAAGCAUGGUAGACGCAGAUUUCAUGGAGCUUUCACUGGAGGAUUUUCAGCCGGAUUUUUCAAUUCAGUGGGAUCACUUGAAGGAUGGACACCAUCUGCAUUCAAGUCCUCUCGGUCUGAUAAAGCAAACAAAAUGCCACAGAAAGCUGAAGAUUUCAUGGAUGAAGAGGAUAUGGAUGAAUUUGGAAUAGCUCCAAAAGUUCUUCGAGCCAGAAGUGACUUUAAUGAAGGUAGCAUGAAAAGAGUGCGAAGCCAUCAACUUUCAGAUGGACCCAUUCCAGGAGAACCAGUCUUAAUGGGUCUGUUACAACCCACCAAAGAAACUGUUGGAAUGAAGCUGUUAAAAAAAAUGGGAUGGAAACCUGGACAAGGAACUGGACCAAGGGUCACAAAAGUGGAAAAGAAGAAAAUGAAAGAGGAACACAAGAAAACAAGAGUUAAAGUUUAUGGCUGUGCUUUACCACAAGAUGUGGUUAAAAGCAAUCAGUCUGACAAAGACAGCCAAAGUUCCACAGAUGAUGAGGAUGAUGAUGAACUAUCUUUUGCUCCAGAUGAUCUUCAUCCUUUCUUGUGUAAACCAAAAGACAAUUGUUUUGGUUUAGGAUACAGUGGUUUGGAUAGAAGGUCUGUCCUUUCAAGUCAUACUGACCUAUUUACACCAACACCACUAAGAAUGGAGGAGAAAAAUAAGAAAGUGUUAAUUACAGGGCAGGCUUUUGGUGUUGGGGCGUUUGAAGAUGAUGAUGAGGACAUAUAUAGUCAAGAAGACAAGUUACAGUAUGAUUUCACUCUUGAUAGUGAACCUACAACAUCAAAGCAGAAGCAAAAGGUCACUACAGUUGCAUCAGCUGAUUAUUCUGAAGGUUCUUUAAUAGGUUUCAUUCUUGGUACAACUGUAAUGACACGGAAGAAACACUUCCCUCCUCCAGUACUUCCACAUGAAUUCCAACCAAUACAUGUUUCAAGGAAGUCAAGAUUUGAACCUUCUCCUACUGAAAGAUCCUCUCUGAAUAAUGAUGAGUCACUGAAAACAAAAAGGAAGGGACUGCAGCGUCAUAAUCUUACAGCCACAGAUAGGGCACAGAUCUUAAGUGAACCUGCCCAAAAGUCAACUGCUCAGAAGGAUAAUAUAACAAGUCCAACACAGCAAGGAAAUAAAUUACCUGCUGAAGAUAAGAUACAAAUGCUGGAAGUAUCUGCAGAAGAAGGAUGUAGUCAGUUCCGGCCAUUUGUUGCUUAUCCCGAGAAGCAGAAACGCUAUGAACAAUAUCUUACUUUAAGUAAAGUAGGACAAAAAGAACGACUGUCAUACAUCCAGCCUAUCACGAUGACAGAAUGGGAAAAGGAACGUGAAAGGGUUGAAUUUGAUCAGGCAGCACGACUGUAUCGGCCUCUGUCAGGCAUAAUGAGUGAUCGAUUUGUGUCAGCUUCUCAGCCUGAAGAUUUGAGUAAUCCACUACCAUCUGUUAGCAAAUCUGUUGACAGUGACAGUGAAAAGAAAGCAGCAGCCAAGUUGAAGAUGUUUGGCCAUCUUACAAGAGAGGAGUCUGACUGGCAACCAUGCAGUUUACUGUGCAAGAGAUUCAAUAUUCCAGAACUCUAUCCUGGGACCACUGAAUCAUCUAAUGCCAGACAGAAAACUACAUCAAAAUUCUCUGUCUUCAACUUCUUGGAUGCUUCAUCUUAUAACACAGCACUGAAACCUCCUGCCAACUUUGUACUAAAUGAAGUGCCGUCUGUAUCAGAGCUUCCAGAAGUUACUUUAAAGCAAGAAAUAGAAGUAGAAGAACAUGAAGUAGAAUCAAAUACACUUAAUGAGGUCUCUUCUGAACAGAAAUCUGAGAACUCAUUACUUGAAUUUCCAGAUCCUCCAGCUAAAAUAGACUUGUAUAAAGCCAUCUUUCUAAGCAGUAGUGAGGACUCUGAUAGUGACACCAAUGAAAAUAAUUCUUUAAAUCUGGUCAAAGAAAGUAAAUUAAAUGAAAUAACACCCAGUGACACAAACAAAACCAUAAGUCCCUUGCCUGAAACUGUUUCUCAAGUAGGAAGAGGAGGAGAAGACACUGCAUCAACAAAUAACAUUCUUACAUUUGCUGAAAAAAAUUCCCAAAGAAACAUGUCACCACCCAGAGGAGUAUUUGCUAAUUUGGAUUUAGAUGCUAUUAAUACUCAAAAGAAAGAAAAAUCAAAUACUGUGCCUGAGAUUAAGAUGCAGUCAGACAUCAACAAAUGUAAACAAACAACAAAUGAAGACCCUGUGGAGUGUGAACAGAACAAUAAGUUAGAAUACAUUGAAGAAAACAUGUAUGGACCACGACUGCCAACCGUUACUUCAUCAGUUACUAAUAAUACCACACUGGUACGUACAGUGAGUAAAGUACUUCCCAGCAUUGCAGUUGCUCCAGUGCACACUGAAUGGGUGGAGAAAACAAAUGAACAUUCUCAUAAAAACAAACAUAAGAAGCACAAGAAAUCAUCAAAGCAUAAAAAACAUAAACACACAAAAAAGAGGCACUAGUUUGACACCAAGAAAAAUAAACAUGUUGUUAACUGACAAAUAUUUUCUUCCUAUCACAGUAUCAUAUAAUGAAGAAUAUAAUUCACAAUAAUAUUGUAUUCUAUUGUAUUAUAUUGUUCUGGUGGAGUAAGACCAUCUCUUUUGAACUGAACCUCUCUGUCCAUUACCUAGAUGAUAUAUGAAUGAAUAUGGAGCAGUGGUGGAAUGAUACUAACAGGGAAAAACUGAAGGACUCAGAGCAACUAUUCCAAUGCCACUGUGUCCACCACAAACUGCUGACCUGGGUGUGAACCCAGGGUUCUGAAGUGAGAGCCAGCAACCAAAUGCCUGAUUUUCAUGAAGCUUGUUAUGAACUGCAAGCCUUGGAUUGAUUUUGCUGGGGUAUCUCAGUUAACUACCUGUCUCUGGGCUGGAUAGUCAGAGUUCUGUAUUUUAUAGGGGCAAGAACUUUUCCCUUGCCAUCAUGUCCAAACCAGGCCCACUUAGCCUCCUUUACAAUAGAAUAAAGUUUCUAGUGUGUGAAGUUGGCCACUCAUCAUCCAUCCAGUGCUAAGGUCUGGAAUGUGCGAAGUUUAGCCUCCAUGUCCCUUAUAAAGACAUGACACACAGGGACAAUUUUAUUAAGACUGACCUGUAGGAAGUAACAGAUACAAGUGUUAAAAAAAAUAUAACUGGGAAAUACCUAAGAAGGGGAAAAUAUUUAAUAGGUGCAUAUGAAUGCAUGGAACAGAAACUUAGACAUGUAUCAGGUCAGAUAUUAGUAGACAAACAGCAACAAAGAUUAAAUUCUUUAUGUAUAGGAUGUUAAAUAUGUAACACCAUUUUCCUUUUCUGUUUUUUAUAUUCAAAUAUACAUUUCACUAGUGUUUCUC